AUGCCUAAUUCAAUAUUAUUGCCAUUUGGUUCAUCUGCUUCAUCUACCUCAUCCGGAUCCGAAAUUGAUUAUAUGCAAAAUAUUAAAGCAAUGUUAGAGAAUUCAUCACCACAGAUAUCACGAAAUGGUAAUUCACAAUUACAACGUCUCAUAAAUAACAUUGAUAAUCCCCAGAAAAGUAAACCAAUGAAAGCGAUAUCAUUGGGUGAGCUAAAUACUGUUGAUUUAUACUUUAUCGUUGUUUCUAUUCUCGAAAGGCGAAUAAUCACAUGUGAGGAGCGUAAUGAUGCCCUAAAGAGAUCAUUAAAGAAAGCAUUACGACGAAUUGCUGAAUUGGAAGAUUUUAUUGGAAAUACGGAAGAGCCAAAAGGAAGCUUAAAAAUGUUGACACAUUCGAAAUCAUCCACUUCAUAA